AGGGACAGCUGCUCCUUUUUUGGAUCAGUCAAUAAAUGGAGGUCACACUUAUGGCCCCUCUUUCUGUUUGAGCUGCAUUGGGAGGUGUUGUGGGGACAGCACUGUAGCCCAAUGCGACCAGACUCUGGGGAAACAUCAGGCCUCUCCAGCUGAGCCCUUGUGUGAGCCCCGCCCCUCCCUAAAUACCAGACUAGGGAGCUGACAGACAGCCCUGCCUGUGCUGGGUUUAAAAGGUGACAAUGAGAACUUUGUUAUUGUGGGGGCUGCUGCCACUUCGUUCACCUCUUUAACAGACUUCAGCGGAAGGGACUGAGUUAGCUCUCAAGGAAGGCUCCCUGGCAAUAGGGGCUGAAUUAUUUGGGAAUAUGGAGCAGCGCAAGGAAUUGGGAACACAGGAAAUACUCCAGUUCAUGUGAUCUGAGGGAGGCGUCAGGAAGACCUCCACCUGUGUGGGCUUUUUCUUUCCUGGCUUCUCUUAUGUGUGCCCUAGGCUUUCUUGGGGGCCUCAGAGCUGGGGAAGAAAGGAGGAAGGCCUGGUCAGCUGAGUGGAAAUAGAAGGAUUUCUGCUGCCAUCAUCUUCCAUGGGCUUUCCAGGUCACACGACCUACAAGUAGGGAGCAGGGAAAAAAGAGUGAGCCUGCAUGCCAAUUCUAAGCUCUUCGGGAUCAAAUGUCGUUCGUCCUGUCCAGAAUGGCAGCCUGUGGAGGCACCUGCAAGAACAAAGUGACUGUCUCCAAGCCUGUGUGGGACUUCCUGAGCAAGGAGACCCCAGCCCGGCUGGCCCGGCUUCGGGAGGAGCACCGUGUGUCCAUCCUUAUAGAUGGCGAGACUUCUGACAUCUAUGUUCUCCAGCUUUCCCCACAGGGCCCUCCCCCGGCCCCUCCCAAUGGGCUCUACCUAGCCCGGAAGGCUCUCAAGGGGCUGCUAAAAGAGGCAGAGAAAGAGCUGAAGAAAGCUCAGAGGCAGGGGGAGCUGAUGGGCUGCCUGGCUCUGGGGGGUGGAGGGGAGCACCCUGAGAUGCACCGCCCAGGCCCACCCCCUCUCCGAGCAGCCCCACUUCUGCCCCCAGGGGCUCGGGGGCUCCCCCCUCCUCCUCCCCCACUGCCCCCACCUCUUCCUCCUCGCCUUCGGGAGGAGGCAGAAGAGCAGGAGAGCACCUGCCCCAUCUGUCUGGGGGAGAUCCAGAACGCCAAGACAUUGGAGAAGUGCCGGCAUUCAUUCUGCGAGGGCUGCAUCACCCGGGCUCUGCAGGUGAAAAAAGCCUGCCCCAUGUGUGGCCGCUUCUAUGGGCAGCUGGUGGGCAACCAGCCCCAGAAUGGGCGGAUGCUGGUCUCUAAGGACGCCACCCUCCUACUGCCCAGCUACGAGAAGUACGGCACCAUCGUCAUCCAGUACGUCUUCCCGCCUGGUGUCCAAGGGGCUGAACACCCAAACCCAGGAGUUCGGUAUCCUGGCACCACACGGGUGGCCUACCUCCCGGACUGCCCUGAGGGCAACAAGGUGCUGACCCUGUUCCGCAAGGCGUUUGACCAGCGUCUCACCUUCACUAUCGGCACAUCCAUGACCACAGGGAGACCGAAUGUCAUCACCUGGAACGACAUCCACCACAAGACCAGCUGCACAGGGGGACCCCAGCUGUUUGGGUACCCGGACCCCACCUACCUGACCCGGGUGCAAGAGGAGCUGAGAGCCAAGGGUAUCACAGAUGACUGAAGGACAUCCCCUUUGCCUAGGCCCCUGCUGUCCACCUCUACUAGGACCCAGCAGAAGCCUCUGUUCUACUCUCUGCCCCCUGCCCCCACACCACACCUGUAGGGGACCUGUCUAAUUGGGAAGGGAGUUCAGAGAGGGAGGGGGGGCAAUCCCUUCCCCCCAGUCCUCCACUGGCCAAGUGUUUCAGUGCAGUGUGAGCCACUCCCUUCUGGCAGAGGCCGACCUCCAAGGCCCUGUUCCCUGCUCCCUGUGUACAUAUACACCCAGUUUCCCUGCCCCUCCAUUGCCCUUGGCUUUUUCUGGUAUGUGCUGUGCUCCAUGACCAAGCUGUGAAAGGACCUAGGGUGGGGAAGGGAGGGUCUGUUGAUCUCCCGUCACCCCCACUUAUUGCUCCACUGCUGAACUUGGGGUGCAGGGAAGGAGGAAUUGGGCUGAUGUGAGCUCCCCGCCACCCUCCAUGGAGCCAGUUCUCCCUCAACCUUGUCCUUUCUCGCCUGUGUCUCAGUCUCUGUUAGUCUGUCUUUCUCCGCUCUUCUCUGACCCCUAUGAGGAACCUCCUUACCCUGUUCUGGAAUCGCUGCCAGACUGUAGCUUUUAAUUUAAUAAAAAUAAAGUAAAAUAUGCAACUCUU